CGGCGGCCGCGGCGCCUCCUGUCGUCAACCCAGACGCGAAGCGCCUGACGACGAGCUGGAGCCAGACCAGGAAGGCUUCUCCUCAGAUACAGAACUGAUGCUCGACUUCGAGUCAAUGUGCCGAGAGAGAGUCUCAGACGACUCGGACGCAGACAUUACGGUGGUGGAGAAUCUUGAAGAUGGUCCUAAGGAUCCUUCAAAUAAAUCUCCACCACUGUAAAGCAGCACCGGCUGCUCAAAUGCUCCGCUCAGACGUAAGCGGAGCCAACGUAGUCCUGAUCCAGGAGCCUUAAGUCGUAGGAAGCAAGGUCUGUGGAUUGGGGACGAUGGAAUACAAGAUCAUUGUAUCCCAAAGUGAAGCGAUGGCGAUAACACGGCGGCAAGUCUAGAGCUAAACGGGAAUCUUUUCAGGCUGUUGGCGUCCUAUAUGGCCCACGAGGAGGAUCAUCCUCCCAACGACCUUGUUCGCAAAAUAUCCAGCGACAGCGAAAGGACGGGCAAAGACCUACUUAUAGGUUGUGAUGCCAAUGCCCACCACACCCAAUGGGGGAGCAAGGACACGAAUGUAAGGGACACAAUCAAGAGCUGGAAAGUCCUAGGAGACCACUUCUUCUCAGACCACAGGUAUAUCGAGACGAUAUUAUCCUUCGAGAUCCCCAAACCCACGACUAUAUCUACCCCAGAAAAACCAACUGGGAAAAAUAUAGCACAACCCUGGAGAAACUACUCCCUCCUAACGCCCCUAAUUGCCCGAACACUGAAGACAACCUAAACCGUCUUGUGAACAGGUUUACGGAUGCGUGCAACAAAGCCUACAAGGCAGCAUGCCUUGUACCAGACCAAGGGGGAAAAAGAAACCCCCCUGGUGGUCCAAGCAACUAGACACCCUUCGUAGA